AAACAACAGCAAACAUGGCGUCGACAACGGCGGCCCGAGCUGCAGUUGGUGCUGCUAAAGUGGUUAAACCAAUUUUCAGUCGGGACCUGGACGAAGCCAAGCGCAGGGUCCGGGAGCUGUACCGAGCCUGGUACCGAGAGGUCCCGAACACAGGUAUGUGGUUCUGUUGUGGCUGUUUUAAUGAAGAGAAGAGAAAGCGGCAACGUCAAGGUCGCGUGUGUGGAGGAUCAGCUGAGAGAGCAGUCACCUCUUAGCUGCUGAUCCUCACUGCAUUAAAUGUUUGAUUUUUACAAGGUUUAACAUGGAAGGCAGUUUUGGUAUUUAACAUACCAGUUUUAGUCAUAAAAGUAUACAAAUAUGUUUGUUUUUAUUCAGCUCUCAACACUGUACUGUGUGACCUGCUUGUGUCAUAGACGAUGGUAAACAUUAUUUUAUUCUCCUUUUAACAGAGCAGUUUUGUGUUUAUACUUGGUUUUCAUUUUAGACAAAUUGCAAGGACAAGUUCUAACUAAACAAAACAGCUGUUAUCAAUUUUCUAACUCAGAACUGCUCAACUAACAUCUACAAGGCAGGCAUGAGUAGGACUGGGCAAUAUGGGAAAAAGUUUAUCACGAUAUAUUUUUUCAUAUCAGUCAAUAUCGAUAUAUAUCACGAUAUAACAAAUGAAAUUUAACAUUUCUUAUUGGUAGCAUGUCUUUUGCAAUACAAUAAGUUACUGCAACUGUGAGGUAUUUGUGUCUCCUUGGCAUUUUGUCGUAAGGGGUUGCGCUAGAGACUGGUCGGCUGUUUCGGCUUCACAGGCGCCAUGGGCUCCUUGCUCCGCUCGGGGUUUGUUACCUUUUGCGUUGCGCGUGCUCUGCGGUGUUGCACUGCCUCAGGUGGUGAAAAAGAUUUGAGGUAUUCCCCGACUUUGCGAGAACAUGUACUCGACUUAAUUUGCAGUGCACAUCACUCUGCUUCAUGUCAGUGUUGUUGACAAUGUCAAUAUCUGUUGAGCUUUCAUUUGCAUUUCUGCCUGGGGUAGCAGUUUUUUUCUCACUGACAGCCUGUUACUAUGCAGUUGUUUUCUACUUGGUUCUAAUUCAGCACAUGAUUGGUUCAGCGUGAGGCAGACCAGGAGUAACUCUCCUUUUCAUUGGCUUUUCGUAUAGUCUACCAAAAUAUGGCAGAAUGCUGACUAUUGAAAAGCAUAUUGACCAUGUCUUAUACUAAUGUUGACGGAAAUCAAUUUUCUAUAUAUAAUGUUAUCGUUUUAUUUCCCAGCCCUAGGCAGGAGUAACUUAUAUUUCCACUUGAAUCAAAGCCGAAUGCACAGAGAAAACCCACUCUGAAUGUGUCUCCCUUACUGGUAUUUGUGUCAGAAGUCUGUCAUUUCCUCCACUGGCAGAGGUGAAAAGCACUCACUUAAGUUACUGUAACUGAGACACUUUUUGCAGUACUUGCACUUUUCUGAGUAGCUUUUAGAAAAAAGUACUUUCACGUUUUACAUAGUGCCAUUUCCUGUGUAAAAAUCUGCCAUCGACAAACAAACUUUCUUUAACAGCAUGGUAGCAAGCUGAUUUGAUAAUGACACUGCACACAUUUUUAUCUUAUAACAAGUCAGUUUAUCUCAAUUCUUGUUUAAAAAAAAAAAAAACUCCUAAACAGGGAUGGGCAGUGCUGGAAGUUUUGAAACCCUGAUAUACUCGAACUGAAUUGGCUGGUGCUGGUAUUAAUACUGAUAUAGCUACACACUUUCUUCAUUGUAAAGAACACAAAACUUCUCCUGUAAUAGCGUUUUCCAGUAUCACUGAUCGUGGCAGUGGUAUUUGUCUUAGAGCUAGACAUAAAACAAGACUUGAUUAACUAUCAAUGAUAAAUAUAUUAUUUUCCAAAUACAGACAUUUAGUAACAUAUCUGCCUUUUUUUUUUUUUUGGACACUUCAAAAUAUCUCAAUACAGAUCACAUAUUUGCUUGUGUAAGCUGUCAUUUUGACAUAAUUGCUUAAACAACAUUUUUUCUAUUUUUUCCAUUAAAGAGGCAUUCAUUUGACUGUGAAAAUAGAAAAAAAAAUGUCUUUUUUAAAUCACCCGCUCACUUGUGAAAAAGGAUGGAUGGAUGGAUGGAUAGAUAGAUAGAUAGAUAGAGGCGGGAGCUUUAAGAACAAGUCUGUGAAUUAACUCAGAGGUCAAGUUGUGAGUGUUUCUUUGUGUCUUUUUCCCCACAGUGGCCUCAUUUCAGCUGGACAUCAAUGUUCGUCAGGGAAGAGACAAAGUGAGAGAGAUGUUUAACAAGAACAAGCAUGUCACUGAUCCACGUGUGAUCGACAUGUUGGUCAUCAAGGUAAAGGCUGCUCACUACACUGCACCAUUAUCACUUUUAGGGAUGCAUGAUGUUUGAUUCUGCAGAAAUUCAAUAUAAUAAUACUUUCAAACUUAUUUCUGCAGUUACCGAUACUCAGUGCACUGAAUGUGUAGGGGAUCACAGCAUCUAAAAAUACCUAUAGGAUCAGCUUUAAAACAUGAACAGCUGUGGAAGUUGCUGAAAUGAAUCCUGAUAUUUAGUAUUUUUAUAUUUUAAAUCAGGACAGAUUAUCUCUCACCUCUCUUGAGCUCCCGCCUUUGAUUACCUGCAGCACCUGACACAUGUACAGCAAGAAAGACAGAGCGAUAGUGGUUCUGGCGUCAGCUCUUAUUUUUUCAAAUCUGUCAGAAACUCUUGGUGCUACUGGUUGACCGUUACUUAAAUGCAAUUCAAAGUGUUAAGGGAGCGUUAUUUUGUUACUUCAUUCAAGUGACAUAAACGGUUACUAUGUGCUCACAAAGAUGAGUUACACCCAUGACACUGUCAGCAGAAUCUUGAAGUCUGUUGAUGCUGAUAUACAACCUUUAAAGCUUUUGUUAGUGACAUUUUGUUGAUCCAAUCAUGGAUCAGCCUCUGGAACUGCAGAGUACCUAAUCUCUGUGUCUGUAGACCCAUCGUCCUAUCACAGUUGAGUGAAAGCUGUUUCUACUUCUUUUGAGCUUUGUUGUUCUGUAUUUUAUGUUUUUUUCUUUUUUUUUUUUUGCCUCCAGGGGAAAAUGGAGCUCCAGGAAACAAUCCAUAUCUGGAAGCAGAAGACUCAUAUUAUGCGCUAUUUCCACGAGACUGAAGAAGCUCGUCCCACCGACUUCUUGUCCAAAUUCUACCGGGGCCACGACCCAUGAAUUCUUGAACUGUGUAGCUGUCUGCUGACCUCUGACCCCUCUUUGCUUGUGUCUAGUGUGACAGAUGUUCCCCUCUACUGUAAAUAUACACUCAAUACAUACAUACCUGCUCUUUGGUCUUUCAUUUAAAAUCUUUGAUUAUGUGGGGUUAUUUUUAAGGAAUAGCCAAACCAAAUACAACCAAAAACUUAAUCUGCUAGCAGACCUCAUAAUGAAGGGUGAAAAGUUUUGGGUUGACUGUUCCUUUAUAAGGUUCUGGAGAAACUACUGAGGGGUAUUUCAAGAACCUGCCAAACCAAAGAAGUUUAAUGCACUGCUUGAAUGUGAUUCAUGUAGUGUCCUUGUGUGACUCUAUGUUUAUUUGUUAUAAGAACCCAAAUGCCACAAGCAGCAUGUGUUAUAAUUCAUAUAUUCUUCCCUUUUAUUUGGACAAAAAUAGUGCAUGCAGAUACCGUACGAUAUGUUCAGCUUUGGACAGCCCUAUCAUAAAGAUUACAGCAAAAAACCCUGAACCCAGUGUGGACAGAAGGCGACUUGAACACAGCAGAGGGGAUAACAGGAAGGCAUUUAUGUGCUUGCAGGCUCACACACUCAUCCCGGGGAUAGUGACUGUCACGGCCGGGCUGUAACAGUGACUGAGAAAGCUGACCUGAGGGGCGAGAAAAAGAGAGUUUUAAGUCCCAUAUUUGAUCAAGUAUACCUUCUUUUAUUGAAGUUAUCAUUCUUGACACACAGAAAAUGUUAACAUUCAAAAAUAAUAAAGUAUGGACAAAUAAGGAGAGAGGAAAUUCAAAAUGUUUGAAUCAUAAAAAAAUCUACAUAACAAGGUAGUGUAUAAAUAGAGUCAUAGUAAGAUAGAAUUUCCAAUGAAGAGGUGAUUAUAUUCCUGAGAUAAGAUGAUGUAUGUCACAAAUAUGUAAACAUAUAAAUAUAUCGUGAGAUUAAAAGUCUUAAAUAUCAGAUCAAAAGUCAAGUUUGAGCACUGUCAUAAAUAUUAGACAGUAAAUCAAUGAGGUAAAAAAAUAAAUUAUGAGAUUUAUUAUCAAUAUUAGAUUAAAAAAAAAAAGUUACCCAAAUUGUGAUUGAAAAACAAAACAAAAAAAACAAAUGUGAUAAAGUUUGACUUAAUGAGAGAAAGUGAUACCAAACAGUCAAAACCAGGGAAGAGCCAGAUGAAUAUAUAGGAAAGCAAGACAGUUAAAUAAAGAAGCUUGACUUUGAGAAAAUCAAUCAUGAUUUUCAGGUAAACCAAGAUGCAUGUAAUGGGUUAAUAGUCGUAUAUGACAUAAGAAGUCAGAAUUUUGAGAUAUUUAUUGUUUUGAGAAUAACAAGUAAAUAUGAACUGACACUUCAUUAAUGAAAUGAUAAUUAUUUCUUGCCUUCUUGAUAUUUUUUAGUAAAUUGGACCUUUUCACAAAAUUAAUCCCUUGGAUAAUAUGAUUAUUGUUUGAAAACUGACUUAUCUCAGGAUGCGAACUCAAUGUACUGUAUAAUUUUGAUUUCAUAAAGGGCAUGUCUUUUUUUCUUACUGCCAAGUGGCUUUUGUUGCUUUAGGCUUCUUUAUACGGUGGCUAAGAACCGCCAAUGCUUUUUUUUUUGCAUUGCAUUGCUACUUUUUUCCCGUUGUGGCUUUUUAUUUUUUUAUCUGCACUGUUUCUUUUUUUUUCAUUUGCAGCGGGCUUCGGUUUCUUUUUUGCAUCAGUAACUUCCAUUGUAACUUCUUUUCUUUCUUUUUUUUUUUUUUUUGCAGCAGAGGUGGUUCUCAGCCACCAUAUAUUUAUGCAGGUGUAGUUUUCUAAACACGUUAUAUGGUAUAUACUGUAUUCCCCUGUAGUUGACAGCUCUUGCUCCUCCUUCCCCUUCACCCUAAACAUGCACAUGCAACCAUUCAUGUCCUCGUGUGUGUACGGGUGUGCACUCUGCCAGAUUCCCAGUGAAGCCCUGGAUUCCAGCAGGUGUUUGAUACCUGAAAACCAGGAAGUGUGCCGAUCCCUUAUCAGUCAUCAUCGUCAUCAUCCUCCGGGACGAAGAUGUCGUGCUCCUCCAGCAGUGCCGCAAAGCUCUUGCUGAUUUGAGUCCCCACAUACAAGAAGGGAACCACUACCAGAGCGAUCCGGAUCAGGCCGAAGGAGGUCUGCUCCCCGGUGUCACACAGAAACAUCUUAAGUUAGUUCAUGUCAGGUAGUGUCUCUUAUGUAACAAAGACAAGCUGACAGAGACUUUACACAGGGUUUUUAAACGAGGCUCCAACAUUUCACCCCCUUCCUUCAGUCGAUUACUACACUUUUCUACCCUGACCCUCCUCCUUCACGUCCGCUCUCCUGUUUCUUUUCCCAAACCCGACCGGUCUUUACACACGCUACACCACCGACCCUUCAUAUCAGCACUCACCUUCUUCGGUUUGGGCAGAAUACUCCCGGACGACGAGGUCACGGCUGUCCGGCUCGGUGUGACCGUCCUCCCCGGACCGUAGGAGAGGGUCACCGGGGGUCCGCGGACGCUUCUGAAGGCUGACAGCCUGGCCAAGCGUCCGAGGGCCGACGCCAUGUUGACAGCGGUUGAUGCGGUAGCUAUGCGGAAAACAGCAGAUCUUUCUGUAGCUAUGUGGAGCCGCAACAGCGCCACCUGCUGCUACUGUCGCUGUCACACGAUGUGAUUUUAAGAUUUGUUUGUACAACUCUUAAAUAAGCAGAACACAGCUUCUUUUUACCACGAGACUGACUAAAAUCACGACAGUCCCCACAGUUCCCCAAGUUGUUAUUUGAUUAUUGUGUUUUGUAUUUUAAUUCUUAAAAAAAGUCGUGAAAAUAUUGGCUUUACUGUAAAGUGACACUUUUCUGUCAAUACUUACUUUCAUUGUGUCUAUUUUCUAAUAUCUUGCUCUAACUCAGUGUCCAUGACUUUCUAUUUUGUUAUCUUUAUCUGCAAAUCAAGACUAUCUUUCUCAAGAUAGAGAUUAACACAUAUUUUGGACUUAAAGGGAUGUUCCGGUGUAAAAUUAAUUUAGGGUCAAACACACCAUAAAACCGAGGUAGAAACCCCCUUGAGAGAUGAAUGUUGCCGACCACUUGCUAGCAAUACACAGAGGUCUGAGGAGCCAUAAACAAACCUCAACCAAAGCGCCACUCUAUAGCCACAAAAUAAUGCUUAGAACAGCACCUAUCAUCAAUGGUCCAGAUAAGGUCCUAGCCACAGCACUAGCCACCAUAAAUCUUUGUAACUUGUAACCUAAUUUCAUAAGCAAAGACACUAAAUACAACUCACCUACUCUCUUCCAGCAUCCGCUUGUUUGUAGCCGGACCUCAGUCCAGUCCAUUACAGACUGCAGUGGGGUGACGCAGCUCAAGGAAAAACAUUUAUGAUAAUGCCUUCAUGGAAAUGCAAUCAGACCAAGGCGCUAAGGCAGAAGAACUACCGCAUCUGCAGUGCAAAAUGAUUAAUAUGAUGAUUAUUACUUCAAGGAAAUGAUAAAGUAAUGAUCAUAAAUGUUCUUCCUUGAGCUGCGUCACCCCCCAGCAGGCCAUAAUGGACUGGCCUGAGGUCUUGCUACAAACAAGUGGCUGCUGGAAGAAAGUAGGUGAGUUGUAUUCAGUCUCUUUGCUAAAGAAAGAUUUUUGGUGGCUAGGACCCUAUAUGAACUGUUGAUGAAGUUAGGUACUGUUCUGAGCAUUAUUUGUGGCUAUAGAGCGGCGUUUUGGUUGAGGUUAAUUUAUGGCUCUCCAGACCUCUGUGUGUUGCUAUUGUGUGGUCGUUACUACAGUUGGUAUAACUAGAGAAGCAAGCGGUUGGCAACAUUCAUCUCUCGAGGGAGUGUCUAACUUGGUGUUACUGUGUGUUUGAUUCUAAAUGAGUUUUACACCAGAAUAUCCCUUUAAAAUGUCAUAAUGAACAGUUAAAUUUUUACAUUUUCAAUUUUUUAAAUAUUUUUUAACCCAUAAAACUAUCUGCCCAACACCCCUGAAGAUCUCAAAGGUGACAAUUGUAUCAUUUGCGAUCAAAUGCCAUUAUUUUAAAGUAAUGUCCUUUUUUAAUUUUGCGAACACUAUAAUGUUACCAGCAUUACACUGAGAACUGGUAGCAUAUGUGCUCCCUGCUUGACAGAGCGGAGGGGUGCGCCCCAUGUUGUGUAUUGAUUAAGUAGUGAACUCUGCUUAAGGAUGUUCAAGUUUUUAAUUAUUCAUUCAUUGUGUAAGUGUUAUUUCUCCAUGUGUAAUGUUUGACCAUUGUAAAUAUAUAAAAUUGAUACUAUGGAUUUCAUGAAGUAAUUUAGAAGUGCUAAAACCAACAGUAAUGACUUUUUAUGGCUUACAAAAGAAAACAAGACCAUAAAAAACUUUUUGAAGAAACUAAAUAAUUUUUCAAACAGCAACCGCUGCAAGAAGCACAGUAAAGGAUGACCCCCCCCUUUUCAAAACCUAAUAAUUUUGAUGACAGGUUCAUUUGAUUGUUAAAAACGGAAAGAUAAUUUAUUAUUUUUGUUUGUCAGAAACACAACUUGCCCAUGAAAAGCAGAAAAAUAUGUUUGUCCACAGGGGGCACCAAAAGCAACACAAACAGAAAGUUCCUCACAGGACCUUUAAUGUGGAUUUUUAAAGUCAUUUAUUCAGCUUUUCACUUUUAGAUUUUUACCUUAAACUCUUGUUCUCUACUCUUUUAAGGUCCUGUGAGGCACUUUGGGUCUGCGUCAAUUUUUGCACCCCUAGUGGAUGGAGCGGUCUUUGCUUAUCUUGUCCACAGCAUGCUCAAAUAGUUUGUCCUGACAGUUAAAUCUUAUCCUGCUGACUUUGACUUUAUAAUGCUUUGUUAUAUUAUAUAAUACUCUACAAGGGAAUUGUAAAAACAGGGCUUGUUCUUCAGCUGCCCAACUGACAACUUCCCUCUCUAACAGAGUUGCAGGCAUUAAAAUUACAGUACAAAAAUUGUCAAUCCCAUUGUUGAUGGCUUUGUUUGUUUUUGUAUAAAAUUUAAAGGCACCAAUAAAUUUCAGCUUAUUUCUUGGAUGUCUAAAAAUUCUCACAAGAGCUUUAAUAAGGGCUUUCUUUUGGGCAUUUGUAGUAUUGUUGAAUCCCACAAUUGUGACCUUUUAAAAACAUAAUUAAGACAUGAUAUGACUGUUUUAUUAGUCAUUUUUGCUUGUUUUUCUUUCGCGUCUUUAAAACACAAAAAGAUAAAAGAUUAAAAUAAACACAUGAUGCAGUAUGGAUUAAUUUACAUACUUCCUCUUGCAGUUUACAUUUCAAUUCCAUAACCUUGAGCGGCCACAUAGAAAAAACUGUGAUUGACUAUAUAUACAUAAAACUUGACAACAUAAAGCAUCAGAUCAAAUCAAUAAAUACUGUACAGCAUCAAAUAUUUACAUACUUUCUAUACUUCUAGAUAUGAGGAGCAGAAAAACUGUGUUUUUCUUUAUGUGAGUGAGAGAUGAUACCACAUGAGAAUACUGGCCUUAGAGGAGUUAUGGGAAUGAUGAACAAUGUAAACGUACCAGUAUGUACAUGCGCUUUCAGCAGUGUUAUUAUUGUGCUUCACUGUCAGUUUUAAACUUCAGUGUAAAGUACCUUUUCUGCCAUCAAGUUCAAAUAAUCGCAAACAUUGUGUGAAACUUGUAAGUUGUUCUCAAAUGCGAGUUAAAUAACUUAAAUAACAUAAACUAAAACAAUAUAAAUAAUAUCUCUACCUACAUAUUAUCUUUUUACAGAAAUAGCAUUUUCCCCUUCAGUAACAGAUUCAAAUCAAACAGAGUGAACCGAACAGGCUGUUUACAGCUCAGACUGAAUCAUCAGUGUCUCAUUAGUGCAGAGAAAACACCCACUUGAGUCCACCUCUACCUCACAGGGGUCCUUCCAGUUGUACCAUAGUAGCAGCGAUGGCUUCAUCACUAAACAAAACAGCACAGACAUUAUCAUUAUCCAGAUUACUCACAUUAAACCUUUUGAAAAAUCACCCUUUACAUGACCUGACUUGACUGUCUGAUUAAGACAUGAGUUUUUCUUACCUGCUGUUUAAAAGUCAGACGUCUGAAGAACUUGUUGAGCUCGUAUGUGCCAGGUUUGGCAGGUUCCCCUGGCUUGUUGCUCUCCUCUAAUCUGACGAUUUUCCCCUUGGUGAUGGCGGUUCUGAGGCUCAUGCUCUUGACAAUCUGAGUGUGGGACUCUGAGCCAGGUGUGGGGCGGAGGAGGACAAUGAUGUAGUAAGCGUCUUUCUGGUGCUCAUGGUAACUCACUGUCAGAGGAGAGGGAAUAAUUAUUGGGCUAGUUUUUUUAUUUCUUUGACAAACAGAAGCAUAAUGUUGUGAUGCAAACUAAUAUAUUCUACUUAAUAAAACUCAAAGGUUUUUUUAAAUCCAGUUCCUAAAUGCUGGAGACCCUAAAGAUAAUAACUUUUUAUAAUAAAUAUAUAUUUUUUAGCACUUUUAAAAACAGAAGUUUACAAAGUGCCUUGACAUAUAGUCAUAAAGCACAUGGAAAAAGACAGAUAAAAACAACAAGCUCAGUUAAAACAGAAUUGAAGGCCAUUUUCAUAUGUCAUAGGGAACCCAGACAAGACAAGAACCAUGCAACAUAAAAUGAGACCAUGAGAACCAAAAUAAAAACAUAAAAUAGUUUUUAAAAAUGCAGUUAAAAGGGGGAUUGAAAGCAGAAAACAAGAUAGUAAAAAUAAAAGAUAUCAAUAAUGAUAAUAAAGUAAUAACAAGUAAUACUGAUAAUACUAGUAAUGAUAAAAUAGAGCAACAGAAAUGAGCAAGAUCACCGGAUUUUAAGUUCUGAUCUCGAGUUUAUGAGUUAAAAGAGACCAACAUUUAUGACUCAAACUGUAAUUUUCUUUUCUAAAGCAACAUCUUUUCACUUUCACCUGCUGAGGUGACUGCUUUGUCUGUGGUGCUGGCAAGCUCAAGGAGGAUUGUGGGAUAUGCAGGAUGCAGUAGGAACAAUUUCCUGAUGAGAGGCUGAGCUGCACUCGUACCUGGUGCCACCUGCAGUCAGUGUGAAGAGGUUUUAGUCACAUUAACAGAGUAUUGCUUCACAUCAAACCCCUAGACAAUAACUUCAAAUCAUUUUAUAUACAACUAUUAUACACAGAGCAACACUGAUCCACCUCGGUGAUGUUCUUGCUCUAUUCAUCAGACUUACAGUCGUCUUUGUCACAUUCCUUUGUGCUAUGAUUGGUUCACUGGCCCAGAAGAGAAAAGCCGAUUGGCCGGUCGAAGUCGUGAUGGCUGAAGAUUCUAACUUAAGAUCGGGACACACAAACUCAGCCGACCAGAGGAGCUGCCCCUUAGCCCCGUCAACUAUCUGAGCCUGAGAGACAGAGGGGAGGGAGAAACUGGCACAAUUAAAUGAAGUCAGAGCUAACUUAGAGACACAGUGCACCCUCCCAAUGUGUCCGCAAUCCGUUUUCAUUUUGCAUCAAGUUAAAACAGCUCAAACAAGAACAAAAGUGAGUUUUGGCUGUUACAGUGCAGCAUGAGCUCUACAUGGUUGAAAAUGUGCACAAAUAGACAGUUUGUUUCACCUGCAUGGUGCCAUUAGCUGCAUGUUGAAUGAAAAGAUCAAGCACUUUGUCAUCGUUGAAGUAUCCUGGGACCGGUUGACUGUAACAAGCAAAGAAACAGAUCAAGAAAAUGGCCCAAGAUCUACCGAACUGUUCAAAUGCUACAAAAAUGUUUUGAUCUUGAUGUUCAUUUGACAUGACCUGAAAUAAUAUUUGUCUAGUUUGCAGUUACAGAUAGUGACACAAUAUUACGCAAGGAUUUCUGUACCAGUGGAGCUCAGCUGAGUUGAAGGUCCAUUCCUUGCGUACGUCCCUCUGUCUGAGCACAGACAGUUUGGUCGAGCCGUACACCAGCACCCAGUCACUCUUCCUGGAGUUGAGGUUUGUAGCUGUGUCCAAGCUGUUCUGGUUGUUGUCCAAACCAGCCACGAGGGGAAGCAAGAACUCUGCCCUCUCAGCUCCUCUGAAAGAAAAAAACACGGAUGAGAUAACCGCCUUUUUUUAGGAAUUCACACCUUAGAUGUCCUGAAAAAUCUGAGGAGGAAACAGGCAUUUCGUAACAGGAUCUGUAUGUUAAUCUCUUUAUUUGUUUGUUUGUUUCAUUGUUUCUCAGUGGAGUUUUACAGAGAGUCCAUGCUCCCGUAUGUAGCUCGCACUAACGCUGAUGAAAUCUGUGAGGACGUAGAUUGAUGAUUAAAGCUGGUCAACAUCAAAACAUAAGACCAAAAUAAAUGUUUAAGUGCAAAAACAUUUCACAAAAUACAAAGACGAACCACAAAAGACGAUAGUAUCUAUUCCUUUUUGUGAAAAAGUUCUAUGCUGGAUGAGGUUCCAUGUUAUUUGCACAGAGAGGGAGAUGGUUCAAUCAUAUCAUAAUAGUCACUGGAGACACAAAGUGUGAAUAUUGUACUCAGAGUUGUCCACGAAUGAUCAGAUCACCCACAUCAUAAGAACCUCAAAUGUACCUGUAAAUGUUUAUAAGGGAGGAGUUGGUCUUUUUCAGUCCUUCCCAGCCUGUAUCCUUCCUUCUUAGCGCCUGAGUUAGGGGCAUCUUACCAGUGGCUUUAAUGUAGAUAUCGCGCACAGAGAUCGCCUCUACAUUUCCUGAUGGAAAAAAGACAGUGAUGCUAAGUUUUAUUAAACCACAGCGACAGUUUCACCUCCUCUGUUCCUCAACCUUUAGAGCUGCUGCAAAACUUACACUGCCUGUCCAAAUACACGUAGUGAUUGCAGAGAGUUCUUUUACCUAGUCCAAAGAGGAUGUAGUAUGCCCCCUGUGGGGUCUCAUGCAGCAGAGGACCAAUCAGGAGUCCUUGUCCCGUCAGAUUAUAAGGAACAGGAUGUCCGAGCUUUGCCCCCGUCAGCCCAGACAUGAGAGUCAGAGAGACAUCUGAAGCCUGAAACACAAAAUAUCAAUUUGAAAUCACCAGUUCUAGAGAAAUGUUAGAAGAAGGUAAAUUCACAAUUGUGUCCACGAUGAGAUGAUGGAUGUUGUCGCCUCUUUACCUCGUCUGCAGGCAGGGUGGCUAUCAGCAGAUCUGGGACUGAAUCGUACUGGAGGUCUGGAAGUAACACGGCCUGGGAUACGAUGUUCUUCAGCGAGACUGACCACAAGUUGUCCCCUAAAUGGAUGAAAUAACAUCUCAUCAAAGAUCAUGACUCUAUUUUGAAGAAAGAAACUGGGAAGGGAGCAGGAAACCACGUCAUUUUGGCUGCUCAAUUUGAGGGCUGCAACCUCUGAAGAUGAGGUGUAGGAUUCAACUACUGAGCUAAAACCUGCACCCUCAAAAAAGACCUGACUGUGACCUGAUAUGAAAACUACGGCUGGAUUAUCACUAUUAGCUUGAUUUUAACUUAAAUCAAGAAUUGAAUUUGUUGUAUUUCUCACCUGUAGUGCCAUUGACCGCCAUGACGACUGAUUUGCCCAUGAUGAUGACCACAGGUGACGUCUGGGUGCCGAACUGCAGUCCACACUGGAUGUAGUUCACAUUCUCAUGCAUAACUUUCCUCCACAGCACCUUACCGCUGACUGAAGACAGGGCCACUGCGCUGAAAACUGAUUUCACAAGAACAGAAACACAUUAUGUGAAGUAGAGCCUGACGAAAGCGAUCAUUGGGCUGAAAUGGGCCCACAGAUAUAUCAUACAUUUACCAAUAUACGCGGAUAUGAAGAUCAGUGAUGGGCAAGAUACUUGUAAAUAAACUGAGCUAAGCUGCUAGGUACUCUACAUUAGACUUAGGUUUACUUCAACAGCAACAGCAACAUGGCAAAGAUAGCUCAACACUGCAAAGCUAUUUUCAUAUAGUGUAUUUCUUCAACAUGGUUUCAUUUAUCAUUAUUAUCAUUAUUAUUAGUAGUAAUAGUAGUAGCAGUAGUAGUGGUAUACUGCUCUGGUCUGUUAAAUUCAAAGACAAGUCUAUCUUCAUGUUCUAAAUUUUUAGAAAUAGUAUUUUGAGAGUACCGUCUCCGAUGUGUCUCUCUUCAUGACAGACAGAAAUAACAAGUGAGACCAGAACAAAGCAUCCCAACUUUGUUAAGGGAAACUGUAGCUCUUGUGCAUGCUACUGCUCUAAAUGUUCAAAAAACUGACAAGCCUCUAAAAAGCUACUAGGUUCAGAAAACAGUGAAGCUACCAUCAAACUACUGAGAAAUGCAGUUAAACGACUAAUGCUGUUAUCUGCAAGACCAUUACUGCACUGAUAAAUACCUUUAUGGUUCAUUUCAUGGAGACAGCAAUGUUUUUACAAGAGCUGCUGCUCAACAGUAUAAAACUGUGUCAUCAGCAUAGAAAUUAAAUGCAGCAUCUAACAGAGUUUGGCCCAGAUCAUUCAGAUAAAUCAUAAACAAAAGGGGGCCUAAUACAGAGCUCUGCGGCACACCUUUAUGGACAGCUAUAAUACCAAAACAUAGACCAUCAUGCCUAAUGCACUGAGGCUGGUCCUUAAGAUAAUACAAAAACCAAGAAACUAAAUUAAUACAAGUUAAUUUGUGUUGGAGGAUGACAUCCUUGGUGUUUCUGCUUAAUUAUGAUCAAAAUGGAUGAACAAUCUAAAGAAGGUCUACUUGAAGCAUAAACGAUUGAUAUAAAACCACCAUUAAGGUACUCUGUGGCCUUCUUCGCUAAAAACCUGGACCCCGUUAGUCUUCACAAUCCAACAUCAGUCAGACUCUUGUAUGAAUCAAUAGAAUAGUAAAACGUCAAGCCUUUGCAGGAAAUUUAUCACAUACUUUUGUUUCCUUGGGUGGGAUGGGUGUCAUUGUUACAUUCAGUGACGCCCAGAAACACAUCCUCCAGUGAAUCCCCAUCAACAUCCCACAGUGCAAGUGGAGGUGGGUUAUCACCUGAAGAGAGAAAAGAAACAGAAGAAAACAAAAUGACCUCCGCCUAUCAGAGUACGCCUCCUCAGCGUUUGCCUGAAGCUCAUAAAUCCAUCAGGUGAUCUGAGGAGGAUCAGACGGGCUGAGUUCACAGUGGUAGGAGAAAACAGAAUGAGAAAUUAAGCAUCAAAACCUGAACAAUUAGAUUUGCUGCUAAAGUUUUCUUCAGAGUUUGUGAUUGUAAAGUUUGUGACUGAUGUGUCUCUGUAGGACGUUCAUGCUGAAACAGGUCCUGUUGCAGGCAGAGUGAUACUCAAAAUCCUGCAUAAUUACAGCUGACUAAUUAAUGGGUGAGCCAGUCUCGUCUCGCCUCAAAGACUCCUCAGUAAGUCUCAGUAACAGGGGAACUUUCAGCUCAUUUUUUUGCAUCAUAUUUUGAGGACAAUACACUUAAAUCAUAAACUCUCAUAUACUGUAAGUCUUGGGAGGGUGUUAGUUUUAAACUCUGACCGUGAAGUCUGUAAAAGAAAAAGUUACAUUGGUUUUUACCCCUGCCCAUCGCUCUCUCCCACUGCAGCUUCUUCUCCAGCUCCCCCUUCCGGCAGGGAAUCAGAAACGCACACAGCAGCACUAGCAGAGUGGCGCAAACCAGAGGCACCAGGAAAAACGCAGUCCGGACAGCAUGCUUCAUCCUCAUCCUCUUUUCUUCUGCCUCGGUACUAUGAACUCCCAUCCCAGAACCUCCCCCUGACCCCCCUCUGUCGUCCCCGGCCCUUUCCCUUCCCGAGUCUCUCUGGCUCCAGUACUGCACGCCUUUCAUGUCAUCUCUGUCCUGCCUGGAUUUGUUUGGCAGUCGCUCCCUCCAUUCAUCCUCCUCUUCGUCCUCGUCCUCCUGAGCUUCAUCCUCGGCCCCCACCAGCCGUCCAGAUCUGCUGCCCCGCAGUUUGGAGGAGCCAGCGCCAAGGCAGCUGUCCCUGCCAAGGCCAUUUCUGGGGUAGUUGAGCACGAGGUCAUCCUCUUCACUCUCAUCCUCGCUGUCUGCUUGGGUGAGAGGGUCGUACUCUCCAAGCUCGGAGCCCUUCUUCCCUGUAGAGACACAGAGGCUGUUGUUUAAGGUCACAUGUCCUGUUUUCACACUAAGAUAGAGUGUAAUAGUGAAAAAAGUGGCACUUGUAUCAUACACUACUGCUAAAUAAUCAAUAAACAUAAAUUAUAUUCUUCUGUAUUUUCUCCUC